CUCUUAAUAAGCCCCCCUCUACUCAUGAACUUCACCACUCCAAGGGCCUUACGUAGAAGGAACAAAAAAUGGAGCCCCAUAUACCCUCAAAGACAGGCACCACCUUCUUCAAGACUUGUUUCAAUGGCGUCAAUGCUCUUGCAGGAUUCGGAAUACUAUCAAUUCCAUAUGCUUUGUCGCAAGGAGGAUGGCUAAGCUUAAUGCUUCUUUUUGUAACUGCAGUCAUCUGUUGCUACACCGGGAUUCUCUUGCAACGUUGCAUGGAUUCAAAUGUACUUGUUAAGACCUAUCCUGACAUAGGGGAGUUAGCUUUUGGCCGCAAGGGGAGGCUCAUAGUGGCAACCUUCAUGUACCUUGAGUUGUAUCUAGUGGCCACUGAGUUCUUGAUAUUAGAAGGUGAUAACUUGGAGAAGUUAUUUCCAUACAAGUUCGAUAUAGGGACAUGGAAGAUUGGAGGUAAACAAGGAUUUGUUCUGCUUGCAGCCUUGGUAAUUUUGCCGACGACAUGGCUUCGAAGCUUAAGCAUCCUUGCAUAUGUUUCUCUUGGUGGGGUAUUGUCUUGUCUCAUUGUGGUAGCCUCUGUUGUGUGGUCUGGAGCAGCUGACGGGGUUGGGUUUCAUAAAAGAGGAGUCCUUCUGAGAUGGAGUGGAAUUCCUACUGCUGUGAGUUUAUAUGCAUUCUGCUUUAGUGGGCAUGCCGUCUUCCCAACCAUGUAUACCGCCAUGAGAGAUAGAACAAUGUUUUCUAGAGUAAGACGAGUGCUCUGAAAAUUUCUCUGCUACUAGAUUAGCAAGAUCAUUAUAUUCAGUGAUGGCCUUCAGUUUGCAAGCU